CAUAACCUAAAAAAGUCAAGAAGUCGGCAGUCGGUAUUGAUAAAACAAUGAACUGCUAACUUUUGCCGUGAAAAUUGUUGUAGCAAUUGAUUUUAGUUUGGAUUCGAGUUUGAUCUGUCUUUCCAACAUGUAAUUUUGCUUUUAUUCUCCUUAAAUCGAUUAGACAUUUGAAAGUGUUGAAAAAGGAACAUCUUAUUUUCCACCGUAUCGAAAGCCUUGCGUGAACAAUCAGGAUUAGUGCAAUCAAUCCUCUUGAAAAAGAUUGUUCAUUUUUUGUCUACGAAUUUUUUAGAUUUUCUACACGAUGGAAGGUGCUGAAGCUGAAAACAAACCAAUUUUGAAAGAUGCUGAAUCUGUAGAAAAUGAUCAGCCGCAAUCAAAAGAAACUGGCCCAAUGAAAUCGAAAGGUCAGUCGAAAUGCGGCUGUGAUGGACCAUCCACUACUAAGACGCGAUCUUCCCGCGAAGAAAAACUGAAGAAAAAGGAUGACAAAAGUGUUGAGCACGUGUUGAAAGCACUGAACAGCUUGAAUACAACCGAAGAGAAAUUGGCAGCAAUGUGCAAGAAGUACGCCGAUAUUUUCGACGAGAACAGAAAAGUCCAGUUGGCUCUGAAACAGUCGGAGAAGCGUAACGGAGCGCUACAACGUGAGAAAGAACAACUCCAGGCUGACCAGAGCAAAUCGAUUUUGACCAGAAGUCGACUGGAAAAUCUGUGUCGCGAACUCCAGAGACAGAAUAAGGCUAUCAAAGACGAGAGCUUGUCGAAAAUCAGAGAGGAGGAAGAAAAACGAAAGGAGGUUUCGGCAAAAUUCCAGAGCACCCUUUCGGAGAUCAACAACUUGAUGCAGCAAAACAGCGACAAGAACUCCAAGCUAAGAGAUGACAAUCUUGACAUGAACGCGCGUCUCAAGAGCGUCUGCGAACAGUACGAACUCAGGGAAAAGGAGGUGGACAGAAUUGCAAAACAAAUGCAGCUGGAGUCGCAGCUUGCCGAGGCAAAAUUGGCAAAAGCCAAAAUGGAAAUGGCUGCUGAGAGAGAGCUAUUUGUUAGAGAGAAACAGCAGUUGCUUGUUGAAAUAACCCAGUAUCAAGCGCGUUGUCAAGAGUUUCAGACGAAUGAGAUCAAUCUACGCAAACAGAUCUCGUUGUACAACGAAAAGUACGACGAGUUCCAGAAGGCACUGGCAAAAAGUAAUGAGGUGUUUGGAGGGUUCAAAGUCGAAAUGGAUAAGAUGUCGAAGAAAAUCAUUAAGCUGGAGAAGGAGACGAUCACUUGGAAACAGCGGUGGGAGAACAGUCACCAGGCGCUGUUGAGUAUGGCCGACGACAAGCAGCGUUGCGACCAGGAGUUGGGUCUGGUCAGCCGGAAGCUGGGCGCACUGCAGGGAUUGUGUCGCACGCUGCAGGCUGAGCGCACCGCCAUGUUGGCGAGGCUUAAGGAGGCUGGUCUCAAAAGCGAUGACCCGUUAAUGGCUAAUGGUGAUGCAACCGCUGAAAUCGAUGCCGACAAAGAUCAGGAGCCUCAAACGGUGGUCAACAAGAAACCAACACCCGAUCAAACGUCCACCAAAUGUUUGAAAAACUCGGCGAAAAAGUGCAUAAAAGAUAGAACGCCGGUUAGUGAAGAUGCGGUCCAUGUUAACGGCCAAUCAGGUGACGGCGAGUUGAAAUCUGAGGUUAACGGUAGCACGGCAGUGAGUGAUGUUAACGGUUCACCUCCUAAAAUUGAUGACAAAAGUGAGGUUAAAGAUCAGUCGAACGAUGGAGUUUGUAGUGAACCUCAAGAUAAUAUUCUAAAGGGCGAUGUAUGUUUGAAGAAGGAUCCUACUGCUAACCUUGAUGUCGAUCAUAAACCAGGUUCUGAGCAAAUAAGUGCCAAUUCUCAAGAAGUAAAGAAGGAAGAAAGUCCAGCUGAUCCUAAGCAAGGUGUGUGUGAUUUGAAAAAUGUUCCUGCCGAUUCUAAACAGCCGAAAUCUAAAGCUUGUAAGAGAAAUUCUCGUUUGACUUCUCCACCGAAAGAUGUCGCCGCUGCUAAAGAGAGUACAGUGACAUGUCAGAAAAGUCCACCUCGUGUGCAGUCACCGCCGAAAGUGGUAUGUGCUAAAGAGAGUACAGUGACAUGUCAGAAAAGUCCACCUCGUGUGCAGUCACCGCCGAAAGUGGCAUGUGCUAAAGAGAGUACAGUGACAUGUCAGAAAAGUCCACCUCGAGUGCAGUCACCACCGAAAUGUACUAAAGAGAGUACACCACCGAAAGUGGCAUGUGCUAAAGAGAGUACAGUGACGUGUCAGAAAAGUCCACCACGAGUGCAGUCACCCCCGAAAGUGGCAUGUGCUAAAGAGAGUACACCGUCGAAAGGCGAAGCCGCUAAAGAGAGUACACCGUCAUCGCCGACGACUGCUAAAGACAGUAUUGCGACAUCAUUGGAAGCAACCAAAGCUGGAGCCUCUUCACAGAAAGCUGCCAACAGUGACGCUAAGAAGGCUAAGGACUCGAAGAAGAAGAAGAAAUGACAGUUGAUAUCGCUGUUUGAGUUCUUUGUCAAGAACCCUUACUGGAUCUUCCGGCUCUACUUCGUCGCUCUCGUUCUAAUUUUCAUCUUCAUCCCUCUCUGUUUCUACCUGCACAAGAGGUCGCUCGAUUUCAAUCACGAACUUUACUUCUUCGACUUACUUGCCGGAUUCGACGAGUUCUUCGAAGAUCAAGAACCGUCCUGAACAGGUUUUUCACGACAACAAUUCACUCUAUCAUUUUUUCCAUAAUUGUUCAUUUUUUAAAUUUGUUUGAUAUUUGGAAGGAGGCAAACGACGAAUAAGAUACAUGCUGAAUAGGUUUUUCACAAAAAUGCACUCUAUAAUUUUUUUCAUAAAUGUAAACUUUUUUGAAUUUGUUUGAUACUUGGAAAGAGACAAACGACGUGCAAGAUACGUCCUGAACAGGCUUUUCUCAACAAAAAAAUAAUUUUUUCAUAAUAUUGUUCACUUUUUUAAUUUGUUUAAUACUUUGCAAGAAGGCCAACUUGAAAGAAGUUAUGCCCUGAACACUGUUGCAGGUUUUUUCACCAAGAAAUCUAUCAUUUUUUUAUAAUGUUACACUUUUUAAAAUUUAUUUGGGUGGAGGCAAAUGACUAACAAGAUAUCUGUUGAACAACUUUUUCUCAACAACAAUUCACUCUAUCAUUUUUUCCAUAAUUGUUCACUUUUUUGAAUUUGUUUAAUAGUUGUAAAGAUGCAAUUGACGAACAAGUAACGUCCUGAACAGGCUUUUCUCAACAACAAAAUCAUGUUUUCUUAAUCGAACACUUUUUUUGGAUUUCUUUAAUACUUGCAAGAAGGCAAACUUGAAAGAAGAUAUGCCCUGAACACCCUUCAGGUUUUCCACCAACAAAUCUAUCAUUUUUUCAUAAUGUUACACUUUUUAAAAUUUUUGGGAGGAGGAACAGAUCACAGGUCGUUGAAUUGGUUUAUGUAUAAUUCAUUGUUUUCUCAUACGAAUUCAUAACUCUUAGAACUUAUUUUCUUCAUAAUUCUCAUAUAUUCAACAUGAUAAGAUGUAGUCAGUAUUAUUGAAAUCAAUUUCAUCCUGUCCAUACUAUUUUUUGAAUCAUUCUAAAGAACAAAAUAUAAAAUGAUCAGAUUUGAGAGAAUUUUGGAAGAUUCUUAUCUUGAAAUACAGAUGAUUCCAGCAAAUCAGUCUCAAUCAAGAUGACUCCAAUAUGAGAGAAUUUUGGUAGAUUUUUAUCUUGAAAUACAGAUGUCUCCAGCAAAUCAUUCUCAAUCAAGAGCUGGAUUUGAAUAAUAACCAAUAUUUGUACAAUGGUAGUUAGUAGAAGUGUAAUGAAAUGAAAUAAGUACUUGUAAUAUCAUUGCUUAAAUGUUUUAACAUCCGUUUUAUACGAUGUAGAUGAGGUAGAAUUCUGAGUAAAAUUCUUCAACGUAAUCAUAUUUUCCUUGACUAUAGGAACUUUCUUCACCCCUUAGCGUAUAGUACAGUAUUAUCUUGACGUCUCAAUUUCAGCCUCAACUAGUAUUAAGUCUACAGAUGGAAAUUACUGAGAUAUUGCAUUUAUUCAAAAUCUAAUGAAUUAAUAAUUAUUAUUAAACGAAAAUCCAAAAUAAAUGCUGUAAAUCACCCCGAAGACUUCUGCUAUGGUACUUAAAUAUUGACAACAGGGUAAACAGCUAGAUGGAAAUUCGAUACCCUACUGCAAGUCUACUGCAAAUAUCGACAACAGGGUAUCGAAUUCCCAUCUAGCUGUUUACCCUGUUGUCAAUAUUUGCAGUAGGGUAUCGAAUUUCUAUCUAGCUGUUUACCCUGUUGUCAAUAUUUGCAGUAGCAGAAGUCUUCGGGGUGAUUCACGGCAUUUAAUUUGGAUUUUCGUUUAAUAAUAAUUAUUAAAUAGUAUGAAAAUUGGUGGAAAUAGUUUGUUGGAUACAUGAAAAUGUUGAAAUACGAUGGAAAUCGAUUGUAGGUUUCAUCCAAUUCCCUGUAGGGUUAGAAAAAUCAUCAGUAACUGAAUCGAUGUGAAUAAAUUAAUGUUUUCCACGAAUUAAUAGGAAUAAUACUUUGUUUAAAUAAAUAAUUGGUGGAUUUCGUGUUAGCUGUCAUGUUGAAAACGUCCUGUGUAAAUAAAAAUUCUAAUAAGUAGUUCAUCCAAUGGAAAUCUUCUAUUUACAUGAUUUUCUAUGUUUGUAAAUGGGAAUCCAUGCUUAAGGUGAAUUGUCAGUUCCACAGAAUUAGACAAUACCGUUUUCAUUCCACCUUGAUAUGGAGAAGUUCCACAAUACCUCUGUUUAUAGUGUAAAUCCAUGGUUAAUUGAGAAAAGUUGUAAGCAGGUAAAUGUUCGGUUCAAAUCUGUGUACUGUAAUAAAUCUAUGAAAAUUUCCAUGAUCAUUUAUGACAGAAUUGAACCUAAAAUGUCUAAUUUAUGUGUCAUCGAUGUGUCUAGAUAUGCUUUCAAAUUAUUGAAAUCUUGAGAGAGAUUUUUCAAAUGUUGUUGUUCCCUUUUCCCUGCCUCAAGAAACAAGUUUUAAAUGUAACUUAACUCUAUUAUUUGUUGUAAUAUUACUCUUUAAUAAUUUACUUUGAAAAGUCUAGCUUGAUAAAUGAUUCUACGGUUGCACAAAAGCCAGUUGAAUUUAAACCGUUAUUAAUUUCACGAGAACCAAUCAGAGAAGGCCUUUUAGAAAAGACGGCUUCUCUGAUUGGUUCUUGUGAAAAUAGUCACGGUUAAAAUUUAACCGGUUUUUGUGCGACCGGCUCUCGAUUGUUCACUCAACUUGAGAUCUUGACAAAAUUGGGAAUUCAUUUUAUCCCCUGGCAAAUUUAUCAUUAUUGAUUGGGUGUAAGUUUGACUAUUCUAAUUAAUUGAAAUGAAUAUUCUGCAAUGAAUCUCUGUAAUUUAGAACUAUUUCAUUAGAAUCAUUUAGGAUUUGUUUAAUGAUUAAUAUUUAUUGUAUAUCUCACCGUUUGCACCAGUAUUUGUUUUGGAAGAUUCGGAUUUUGAGCUCUUAUAAAGUUUUUGAAAUUUUAAUAUUUAUUGUGUUUUGUUGGUUAAUAAAUUGAUUACUUCAAAUUAUCGAAAGCAUAUUUUGGGGAAUAUAUUACGAUUCCUCAAUUAUCUUACAAAAGUAUUUUCUAAAAUCUUUUAUCUUCUUUAUACAAAAGUAUUCUCUCGGAUCUUUCAUCUUUGUUUUUUCAACAAACUUCUUGGGCAGUUAAAUCUUUUAUCUUCUUCAUACAAAAGUAUUGAUCAAAAACAAGUUAGUAUUCUCUCAUAUCUUUCAUCUUUGUUUUUUCAACAAAUUUCUUGGGUACUUGAAUGUUUUAUCUUCAUACAAAAGUAUUGAUCAAAAACAAGUAUUCUCUCAUAUCUUUCAUCUUUGUUUUUUCAACAAACUUCAGUUUCCCUUAUAAAAUUAAGAAAUUGAAUUAAAUAAUUAUCCUUACCUUAGAUCUCUCAUAGUACAUUAAGUCUUGGAUAUUUUCUUGUUAAUAAUAGAACUGUCUACCAAUAUUAAUCUCAAUGAAUGUCCGUAUAAUUAUUGAAGUCGACGAAGAAUUUUCAAUUGAUAUUGAUGACAUAUUGAAAGUCAAGUUAUUGUAGAAAAUAUUGAAUGUUUUGUUGAGCGCUCGAAGGGUUAUUUAAUGUUCAAUGUUGGUGUUCAUUGUAUGACUUGAUUAAUAAAUUGUUUUUGAUUCAA